GUAACCCAGUGAGGAGACGUGUAGUAUCGCGUGAGAAGUCAUGUCACUUAUUAAUUAUUACAUUUUUCUGGGACUAAUUAUUGCCUCAGGUAAAAAGGAAAAUAUGGUCGUCAAUGAGUAACUCUAUGCAGCAAAUAUUUGAAUUAGUACUGUACGUGCAAUGUCAGUAGAAAAGAAAAUAUUUAAAUUUGCUAAUUAAUAUAUUAAGUAAUUCACACAUAGUGAAAUUCGAAUCAACAAAACCAGCUUUUCAAUGACUUGGAAACUAUGAUAAAGUCAGUCUUCAAGCUCGUUCGCGAGCCAGCUGUUUUUAAUUUGUAUACGAGAGAAAAUCCAUUUGGCGAGGAACAAUUGUUUUUACACAAUACGGAAGUUUUAUACGCGUCGCACUUCAAUGAAAGUCGACCGACGAAGUUUAUCAUACACGGAUUUAGCGAUACAGGAAGCGAAGCGUGGGUGCGCAAUUUAAUUGAUGCAUAUCUACUACAUGAGGAUGUGAACGUGAUAGUGGUUGGAUGGGGCCCAUUGGCUGCAGAAUUAUAUCCGAUAGCAGCAAACAAUACGCAACGUGUUGGUGAAUUUGUAGGAAGUUUCCUUGAGUUCUUGAACAGGGAAUCAAAUUUGGAAUAUAAGGAUGUGCAUAUUAGCGGUCAUAGUUUAGGCUCUCAUGUAGCAGGCUUCGCUGGCGCAUAUUUAGAAGGCCGUAUAGGCCGAAUAACAGGCUUAGAUCCAGCGAGUCCUCUUUUCGAAACGAUAUCCGGUAUCGUCGACCCAGACUUUCGGUUGGAUCCAACCGACGCUCAAUUUGUAGAUAUUAUCCAUACAAGUGGACCCGCGUUUGGUUUUCUGGCGCCACUCGGCCAUGCUGACUUUUACCCUAAUAAUGGGAAAUUUCCACAACCAGGAUGUUCCUUUUGGCCAACAACAACAUACUGUAGUCACUCUCGUGCGCAUCAAUUCAUGACUGAAAGUAUUGGGAGCACGUCCGGUUUCAAGGCAAGAGCUUGCGAAAAUUGGAAGAAAUACAAGGAAGGCCGCUGUGAUUAUAAUCCCGUAGUUCUUAUGGGAGAAUAUGCAUCUACGUCUUUACGUGGUAAAUUCUACUUGACAACCAACGAUGCUCCGCCAUUUGCAGUUUAGUCAAACUAGUCACACCGGAUGAGUUUGAGUAACCCGACAAAAAGUGAUCGUGUUUUGCGACGUAAAUUUUCGUGCUAGUCAUUUUCUGUAAACUUUAUUUAUGCGACGAUAUCCUCGUAAUUGUAUCUUUCAUCUGAUAUUAAACGAAUAUACACACUAA